AUGGCAACAACAGCGCCAGUUUGGUUUAUCACAGGGUCGAGCGCCGGUCUAGGGCUGGCUCUUACACGCCAUGCACUCUCGAAAGGGCACAGAGUGAUAGCUUCGUCACGAAACCCAUCGAAGACGCCAGGCUUGGUUUCUGAAGUUGAAGCUCAGGGAGGGAAAUGGCUUGGCCUAGACGCCAGCCAGUCUGAGGACGAAAUCAAAGCAACCAUGCAAAAUGCAGAGUCAAUCUUCGAGCGCAUCGAUAUUCUCGUCAACAAUGCGGCAUAUUGCGUUCUCGGUGCACUAGAGGACAUCCCGGAUGCCGAAACGGCGGCGCAAAUGCAGGUCAAUUUUGUUGGUCCAUUGAGAAUCAUGCAAGCUGUUCUUCCGGGCAUGAGGAAGCGGAGGUCAGGGGUCAUUAUGAAUGUGUCUAGUACCCAGGGCAUCUGUCCCGGUGUUGCGUGCGGGAUAUACGCAGCAAGCAAAGCCGCACUAGAGGCGAUUUCAGAGUCCUGCAGCGUGGAAGUCGCUCAAUUUGGUAUCAGAAUCUUGAUCGUUGAGCCGGGUGCAUACAGGACCAAUUUUGCCAGCGUGGGCAAACGCAUCGAACCCUCAGAAGAGUAUGCAGCGGAUCACGCCGUAGCACCGUGGUUGAGACGGGUCCAGACACUUCCUGAGAUGGCGAUGGGCGAUCCGAAUAAGGCAGCAAGUGUCAUGUACGAAGCGGCCACUGGGGAGGGUGACGCUGGCUCGCUCAUCAAGAAUGAAAGGCUUCUCAGAGUCAUCAUCGGGCCAGAUUGCUGGAAGAUAGUGGAUCGGAAAGUCAGCGAUCUCAGGAGGACGGUCGAUCUUCUCAAAGACGUCGCUGCGAGCACGAAUCUAUAA